UAGAUUGAUUCCCGAAGCUUUGCCUGGGCUGUGGAAGCUAGUCUAGUGCUCCGGCGAGCUUCGAGUCGGAUACUCUUGCGUUACGAUGCUGCUGCUGUUAUUGCAAUAUAAUUGUUGGGAUUCGCUUAUAAAUUAAAUAAAAGGUGAAUGACCAUGUGUUCUAAUGGAAGUAAUUUUUCAAUGAAACUCGAGACUGGAUGUCUGAUAUGGGCCAUAUGUGGUAUGAUAAUUUCAGGCACAGCAGGAGUAUACUCAUUUGUUUUGAUAUUUUCCAUUGGUUAUUGCGAGCCCUCUGAAACUGAUGACGGCUUGGGGCAUGCGAUUGGUGAAGUUUUGAUCGCGAUAUUAAUAUUUUUCAGUUGUCUCAUCGUAAUAUCAUUCCUGUUUUCGGUAGUUCUGCUUGUUGGAGUUAUUAAGAAAAGGGAGUCCUUUUUGACAACAUACGUUAUAUUCGGCGUGGUGAUUUCUACAUUCCUUUUAAGCGUAUUUUUUAUUCUAUUGUUAAUAGUUGCACAUGACAACACCAAUGCGUUGGGUAGUUUCCUGCUACAUUCUCUUAUCUUCUUUUUAUUAUUAGGUUUAUAUAGUCUUAUAUUACUCAUGGUACAAAGGACAUCCAGAAAGUUCAGAGAUGAAAGUUUCUCAACUACGAAUCAAAGGAACUCAGUUUAACAAAAGACCGCCUUGUGUAUGGAGCAUAAAAUGCAGUAUAUAUUAGUUAUAACAUUAUAUUUCAUACAAAUACUCUUUAUAAACGAAAUAUACUUUUUGAAAGUGUAAUAAUAAAUAUACUUAGAUACAUUUUAUUAUUAUUCUUAUGCGUUAUAGAUUAAGUAUUUCUUUAUAUGAGACAAAAAAGU